AUGGUCCGCUGUCACUGCGGCGCCGUGUCUUUCCGGGUCGUGCUCCCCAAGCCUCUCACAGUUGACGUAUGCCACUGUCUGGAGUGCCAGAGACAAUCCUCGUCGGCAUUUGGCGUCUCGGCCGUCUUCCCUGUUGAGGGCAUGCUUCCCUUGGCCGAGGACUUACAGCCUCGCGUCGGGAUGUGGACACGCAAGACUGAUUCGGGACGCACGCUGGAGUGUUAUUUUUGCAAGACAUGUGGGGUUCGCUUGAUCCAUCGGGGUCUGCUGCCAGAUGGAACAUCUUCGCAGAUAUUGACUGUCAAGGGAGGUUGUAUGGAAAACUUGAGCCUCGAAGCUGCAAGACACAUCUACACAAGAACAGCCAGAGUACCGGUGCCGGAAGGUAGUUACUCUGGGCCUCCCGAUCAAUAUUGA